GGUAACAUCUCGAGUAAAGAAUAAUUAAAGCAAUUAAAGGAAAGACGAGGCUGCUCUGCAAGGAGUAUACUUUUGCAGUGUGUUUUUCUUUAUAAACUUAGCCUCCCUACACAAACAGAGUGACUCUGCAGCAAAAGGAGCAAAGCAAACCAUUCAACCUCAAAAAAUGACUUACUUUGGUAUCAACAUAGCGGAUUUCUCAUGGACUUGUCUGAGAGAUUUUGAUUUCACUUCUUUGUGCUCCCAAACCAGCAUUAUAGACAUUUUAAAAGUACUUUUCCUCGGUGUCUUCUACACGUCUUUGGUUAUUUCAUUAAUCAGAGGAAGUUCAGCAUGUGGUAGCAACAGAAAAAACUGGGUUUUCCUAGUUGUCUCAAUCUGUUGUGCUCUCAUUAGCAUUGCACAUUUCAGCAAUGGCUUGAGGUUGUGGAAUCGGAAGAGCUUGUUGGCUUGUAUUUUCAGAGCAUUUAUGUGGCUUUCUUUUACAGUUUCAUUGCAUGCUCAGAGAAACAAAUGGAUCAAAAUUCUGAACUCUAUCUGGUGGACAUCUUCCUGUGUACUUGCUUCAACUCUCAACAUUGAAAUCAUGUUCAAAGGGUACACAAUUCAACUGUUUGAAAUGAUACAAUGGCUUGUACAUUUCUUACUUCUCUUUUGCUCCUUCCAAAAUCUCGGUUGUUUUGUGGCGUCCCAAAGUAAACAAGAAGACACUGCAAGUUUAUCUCAGCCUCUGAUUGCUCAGAAAGUUGAAACUACACAAACACAACUAGGGCGUGCUACCCUUCUCAGUAAGUUAACUUUCUCUUGGGUUAAUUCUUUACUCAGACUGGGUUACUCAAAGCCACUAGCUCUUGAAGAUAUCCCAUUUCUUCUUCCUGAAGAUGAAGCGAACUUGGCCUACCAAGCUUUUAUGCAUGCAUGGGAAUCCCUUCUAAGGGAGACCAGCAAUAACAACAACAACAAAAACUUGGUUCUUUGGUCUGUAGCUAGAACCUUCUCCAAGGAGAACAUAUUAAUAGCAUUUUAUGCAUUACUCAGAAGUAUUUGCAUGAUAAUUUCUCCUCUAAUACUAUAUGCUUUUGUAAACUACACAAAUAGCACUGAGGCAGAUCUCAAACAAGGUUUUUCCAUACUGGGAUUUAUGGUUCUAAGCAAAGUGGUUGAGUCUCUGUGUCAAAGACAUUACGCUUUUGGCUCAAGGAGAUCAGGAAUGAAAAUUAGAUCAGCUCUGAUGGUGGCAGUGUACCAGAAACUGCUAAAGCUUUCAAGCUCAGCAAGGACAAGGCACUCAACUGGAGAAGUUGUGAAUUACAUUGCAGUUGAUGCAUAUCGAUUGGGAGAAUUUCCAUGGUGGUUUCAUAUAGCAUGGACUUCUGCAGUUCAACUUGUUUUGUCCAUCAUUAUCCUUUUCAGUGUUGUGGGUGUCGGUGCUCUUCCAGGUUUAGUCCCUCUUCUCAUCUGUGGACUUCUCAAUGUACCAUUUGCAAAGAUCAUACACAGUUGUCAGUCACAAUUCAUGAUGGCACAAGAUGAGCGUCUCAGAUCAACUUCAGAAAUUCUAAGUAGUAUGAAAAUCAUCAAGUUACAAUCCUGGGAAGAUAAAUUCAAGAACUUAGUUUUGUCCCUACGUGCUAAAGAAUUCAAAUGGUUGACCAAGAUACAGAUCAUCAAAGCUAAUGGAUCAUUUCUAUAUUGGAUGAAUCCCACCAUUGUUCCUACUGUUGUUUUCCUCGGGUGUGCUCUUUUCAAAAGUGCCCCGCUGAAUGCUGGAACCAUUUUCACAGUUAUAACAUCAUUGAGGGUAAUGGGAGAACCUGUUCGAAUGAUUCCAGAGGCUCUAUCUAUUAUGAUCCAAGUUAAGGUCUCCUUUGAUCGUCUCAAUACCUUUUUGCUUGAUGAAGAGCUAACUAGUACUAACGGUUAUGGAAGAAAUAUAAAGCAAAGUUCAGUUAAUGCAGUGGAAAUCCAGGAAGGCAACUUCAUUUGGGAUCAUGAAUCAGUGUCCCCAACUUUAAGAGAGGUGAAGCUAGAAAUCAAAUGGGGACAGAAAAUUGCAGUUUGUGGACCAGUUGGUGCUGGAAAAUCAUCUCUUUUGUAUGCAGUACUUGGAGAGAUUCCCAAGAUCUCAGGAACUGUUAAUGUUGGUGGAACCAUAGCCUAUGUUUCUCAAACUUCUUGGAUACAAAGUGGGACAGUUCGAGAUAAUAUACUCUUUGGAAAGCCAAUGGACAAAACCAGAUACGAGAAUGUCACUAAAGUUUGUGCCUUAGAUAUGGAUAUUAAUGAUUUUAGCCAUGGUGAUCUUACCGAAAUAGGGCAGCGAGGCAUUAACAUGAGUGGAGGACAAAGGCAAAGGAUUCAACUAGCUCGAGCAGUUUAUAAUGAUGCUGACAUCUAUCUUCUUGAUGACCCAUUCAGUGCAGUUGAUGCACAAACAGCUGCAAUUUUGUUCCAUGACUGUGUCGUGACUGCUUUAAGAGAGAAAACAGUCAUUCUAGUGACUCAUCAAGUGGAGUUUCUCACAGAAGUUGAUACGAUCCUGGUAAUGGAGGAUGGAAAAGUUACUCAAUCAGGUAGUUAUGAAGAUCUCCAGUCAGCUGGCACUGCCUUUGAACAGCUUGUGAGUGCCCAUAAAGCUGCAUUAACAGGAUUGGAUAAGAAAUAUGAAAAUAGUAGUGAUUCUGAUAUUGAAUUUAUGGUACAUCCUGAAGAAUCUCAAAGUUUUAAUCUCACUAAAAAUCAAAGUGAGCAAGUGAUUUCUACCAAGGGACAACUUGGGGCACAACUUACACAAGAAGAAGAAAAACUGACUGGUGAUGUUGGGUGGAAACAAUUCUGGGACUAUAUUUCAUUUUCAAGGAGCUCAUUCGUGUUUUUCUUAACCAUGUUAGCAGAAUUUGCUUUUAUUGCUUUGCAGACUGCAUCAUCAUAUUGGCUUGCUCUAGCUUUUGAAAUUCCAAAAGUAACCAGUGGCCUUUUGAUAGGAGUUUAUGCAUCAUUUUCAUUUCUCAGUGCUAUAUUUAUAUAUAUAAGGUCUUUCCUAGCUGCUUAUCUUGGAUUAAAAGCUUCUGAAGCCUUCUUCUCAAGUUUUACAUCAGCUAUCUUCAAUGCUCCGAUGUUGUUCUUUGACUCAACCCCUGUAGGAAGGAUUUUAACCCGAGCUUCAUCAGAUUUAAGUAUUUUGGACAUUGAUAUUCCUUAUACUCUCACUUUAGUAGCAUUUGUAGCAGCUGAAAUUCUAGUGACAAUAUGUGUAAUGGUAUCAAUCACAUGGCAAGUUCUUAUUGUUGCUGUUCCAGCUACAGUGGCAUCAAUAUACAUUCAGGGAUAUCAUCAAGCCUCUUCAAGAGAAUUGAUGAGGAUCAAUGGAACCACAAAAGCUCCUGUCAUGAAUUUUGCUGCCGAGACAUCACUUGGGGUGGUUACUAUAAGAGCAAUGAACAUGGUGAACAGAUUUUUCAGCAACUACCUAAAGCUUGUGGACAUGGAUGCAGCAGUGUUCUUUCACUCUAAUGUGGCCACGGAAUGGUCAAUUUUAAGGAUUGAAUUACUUCAAAACUUGACAGUAUUCACAGCAGCUGCAUUACUUAUUCUACUUCCCAGGGAAUCUGUAUCACCAGGUCUUGUGGGACUGUCUCUUUCUUAUGCGUUGACAUUGAAAGAAUCCCAAGUAUUUUGUAGUAGAAUGUAUAGCAUGUUGUCAGACCAUAUCAUCUCUGUUGAAAGAAUCAAGCAAUUCAUUCACAUUCCAUCAGAGCCUCCUGCCUUUGUGGAAGAUAACAGACCUCCAUCUUCAUGGCCUUCCAAGGGUAGGAUCGAUCUUAAAGCCCUAGAGAUUAGAUAUCGUCCAAAUGCUCAAUUAGUUCUCAAGGGUAUAAAUUGCACGUUUGUAGAAGGGAGUAGAGUGGGAGUUGUUGGGAGGACUGGAAGUGGCAAAACUACACUUAUCAGUGCUUUGUUUCGCUUAGUUGAACCUUCAAGAGGUGAUAUUCUAAUAGAUGGGAUCAACAUAUGCUUGAUGGGGUUAAAGGAUUUGAGAACAAAACUAAGCAUCAUCCCUCAAGAACCAACUCUUUUCAAGGGCAGCAUUAGGACCAACUUGGACCCUCUAGGCUUCUAUGAAGAUGAUGAAAUAUGGAAGGCUUUAGAGAAAUGUCAGCUAAAGGAAACAAUCAGCAAGCUACCAGGUCUCUUGGACUCUUCUGUGAGUGACGAAGGUGGAAAUUGGAGUUUGGGACAGCGCCAACUGUUUUGCCUUGGUAGAGUACUACUUAAGAGGAACAGAAUACUUGUCCUAGAUGAAGCUACUGCGUCUAUUGACUCUGCAACAGAUACCAUUCUACAACAAGUGAUAAGACAAGAAUUUGCAGAAUGCACAGUCAUAACUGUGGCUCACAGAGUUCCAACUGUAAUAGAUAGUGACAUGGUCAUGGUCCUGUCUUAUGGGAAACUAGUGGAAUAUGACGAGCCUUCAAAACUUAUGGCGACCAACUCUUGGUUCUCUAAUUUGGUUGCUGAGUAUUGGUCAAGCUGCAGGAAGAACUCAUCGCCUAAUAUUAGCAGGAAGCAACAUUGAAAAAUAUCAAUUAGGAAAAUGGAGUGCAAAUAAAUUGAAUGAUAAUUGAAUAAUAGAUGUGUCUGGAUCCUCUUACAAAUACAACGGAGC